AUGACCCACCUAGAAGACAAAGUCCUGGAAACAUCCCCCAUAACACCCCUCUGCUGGUUCCGUAACGUGGACGAUACCUUUGUCAUCCUUAAGCUUCAUCCCGACAGCGACCCUAAUGCUCUACUAGACCACAUCAACUCCCAAAACCCACGUAUUCAGUCCAACCGUCAUUUGACCUUCCUUGAUGUACUGGUACUGAAGGACACCAGCAAUAAACUUAGCACUACAGUAUACCGAAAACCAACCCACACAGACCAGUACCUUCACUACGCCUACAACCAUCCGCCCCAAGUCAAGAAAGGAAUCAUCUCCACCCUAAUUCCUAUAACAAACAUCAUGAAGGUAAAGACCCCCGAGCCGAGGCCAAGCAAGUCCGAUAACAAGCGCGUGCAGCCCCGCAAUAGGAUCAAGUACACUGCUGGCCAGCUUCAUCAGUUAGAGAGGGUCUUCAUGUCCAGCCAGUACCCUGACAGCUGCACCCUGGAGGAGCUCUCCAACACCCUCAGUAUCAACACGGAACGACUGUCGAUCUGGUUCCAAAACCGUCGGUCUAAGUUCAAGCGUCAGGCGAAGGGAAGUCACGUGAACUGGAUGAGGCGACAGUUGUACCACCAGGGGUCGCAGUCGUCACAUGACGUCAACAAUCAGUCGGAUAAAUGUCACGUGUUGUCUCCACCAGUCCCCCACAACGCAACACCAGAGGCACCCAAAUCAAAUUUGAACUAUUAUGGGAUGAACUACCCAGCAGCUGUAUCCGGUUGUGACAACAGUUACUUCAUGACGUCACCCAUGUUCCAUCAGAUGACAGCCUCCUACCCAUCGCACAAUGAGAGGAUCGGUGCUUCCGGUUACACCCACAGUCCUUUGUUACUUCCGCAUCUGAACGACAUUUCGUAUCCCCAGACGGCGUCCUAUCCCCAGCAGAGCCCAACGUACUCAAGCCCUCCAACCCCUCUCAGUGAACACGACCACAGUGAGAGUUACCUCCCCUCCUACAGUUUCCCAGGACCCCAGCUGACCUUCACCCCUAUUGCGUGA